AUGCUCUCUGAGCUACCAGAAGCAGAGCCCCGGACUACAGAGGGCAGCAGGGCGCACGGGGCGCACAGGGCAGCAGGGCGCACAGGGCAGCAGGGCAGCAGGGCGCGCGGGGCGCACAGGGCUGCAGGGCGCGCGGGGCGCACAGGGCAGCAGGGCAGCAGGGCGCACAGGGCUGUAGGGCAGCAGGGCGCACAGGGCUGCAGGGCAGCAGGGCGCGCGGGGCGCGCAGGGCUGCAGUGCGCGCAGGGCGCGCAGGGCAGCAGGACAGCAGGGCGCGCAGGGCGCGCAGGGCUGCAGGGCGCACAGGGCGCAGCAGGGCUGCAGGGCGCGCGGGGCGCGCAGGGCAGCAGCAAGGGCUCUAGCGGCAACAGCAAGGGCUGUAGCGGCAGCAGCAGGGCAGCAGGGCGCACAGGGCUGCAGGGCAGCAGGGCGCACAGGGCUGCAGGGCAGCAGGGCGCGCGGGGCGCGCAGGGCUGCAGGGCGCGCGGGGCGCACAGGGCUGCAGGGCGCGCGGGGCGCACAGGGCAGCAGGGCAGCAGGGCGCACAGGGCUGCAGGGCAGCAGGGCGCGCGGGGCAAACAGGGCAGCAGGGCGCACAGGGCUGCAGGGCAGCAGGGCGCACAGGGCUGCAGGGAAGCAGGGCGCGCGGGGCGCGCAGGGCUGCAGUGCGGCAGGGCGCGCGGGGCGCGCAGGGCUGCAGUGCGCGCAGGGCGCGCAGGGCAGCAGGGCGCGCAGGGCGCGCAGGGCUGCAGGACGCACAGGGCGCACAGGGCAGCAGGGCGAGCGGGGCGCAGCAGGGCUGCAGGGCACGCGGGGCGCGCAGGGCAGCAGCAAGGGCUGUAG